GUGAACUGAAAUUCAAUCGAUCUCUUAUCUAUCGUCCGUCCAAGGAAAUCAAUCAAAAGAAAAAAGAAUCGUGAUGUACAGAGAGCGAGGGAUUGGUGUGUCCAAGACGGACGUCGAUCAUCGAAAGCAGCGGAUUAGCGAUGUCCUCGAUAAGCAUCUCGACCGAUCCUCUCCGUCCAGUUCCAGACCCACCAACGGCAAGGAUUUGUUUCUUUUCAUGAACAAGCAGCAACCGCCUGAUCACAACAACAUUGACCAUCUCCUCUCUAAAGACAACAACGCCUCCGUUGUGGAAUCUGACACGGACAGCGAAGAGUCUGAUGUUAGUGGUUCCGAUGGAGAUGAGACGUCGUGGAUCUCAUGGUUUUGCAGUCUAAGAGGGAAUGAAUUCUUUUGUGAAGUUGAUGAUGAUUACAUACAAGAUGAUUUUAACCUCUGUGGGUUAAGCAGUCAAGUUCCAUACUACGAUUAUGCCCUUGAUUUGAUUUUGGAUAUUGAAUCCUCUCAUGGUGAUAUGUUCACAGAGGAACAGAAUGAAUUGGUUGAAUCUGCAGCAGAGAUGCUUUAUGGAUUGAUUCAUGCUCGAUAUAUAUUGACCAGCAAAGGGAUGACAGCUAUGCUGGAGAAGUACAAAAACUAUGACUUUGGAAGAUGCCCCAGAGUUUGCUGCUGUGGACAACCUUGCCUUCCAGUUGGUCAAUCAGACAUUCCUCGGUCAAGCACUGUUAAAAUAUGCUGCCCCAGAUGUGAUGAUAUAUACUACCCACGUUCCAAGUAUCAAGGCAACAUUGAUGGAGCUUAUUUUGGAACGACAUUUCCUCACCUGUUUUUAAUGACUCACGGGCAUCUCAAGCCGCAAAAGGUAGUGCAGACCUAUGUUCCUAGAGUAUUUGGGUUCAAGCUACACAAACCAUAAUAAUGGAAGUUGAAGCUUAUGUGGGCCAAGAAGGCAUACUUUAUUUGGACAUCAUUUCGCAGUUCACAUAGGCUGCUGGAGUUCUCCAAAUAUAACAAGAUAAGCUCCCCCUCCCAAAAACGGAGGGUAAAGGAAAAAAACCCUUCUUAUACGUCUGAUGAUGUAUCAUUAAGCAAAUCUGCUAGUAUCGAUUUAGUAAACUAGUAAUCUUCAGUUUUAGCUGCCGAUUCAAUUAGGCUCGCUCGCUCCUUCCUCCCCUGGUUUCCAGUGUUGCAAAUUUGCAACUUCCUUUAUCGUUAAGGUAAUCACAUAAAUAGCCUUGCAAUAUAUUCUGUAUACUUAAUCGAUCAAGCAUCAGAGAGAAUUAUUGGCGGGUA